UGGACCACGUGGCAGGGUCAGGUGUUAGUGGUAAUGGCGAGGUGAACGAGCGCCAAGGGCAAUGGCGAUGGCUGCGCCGGCGUGUUUGCAUCACAAUGCGGUGGCGCUCCAAGCUAGGGAUCGAGGAUUCUCGCGGCGGCGGCUAAGAAUCGCGUGCGUGAAAUUGGACGAUCCGUCCAUACAACCGUCACCUUUGAAGCCGCAGCGGACGUUCCUGGACAAUGCAAGCAAUGCGCUCACGAAUUUUCUGAGCGGUGGAGGGAUCCAAAACAUGCCUGUCGCGGACGGUGCGAUCUCGGACCUCUUCUCCAGACCGCUGUUCUUUGCAUUGUAUGACUGGUUUCUUGAGCAUGGGCCAGUUUAUAAGCUUGCUUUCGGACCGAAAGUUUUUGUGGUCGUUUCAGACCCCAUUGUUUCACGCUACAUUCUUCGAGAAAAUGCUUUCGGCUAUGAUAAGGGUGUUCUUGCAGAUAUUUUAGAACCAAUUAUGGGGAAAGGUUUGAUUCCAGCUGAUUUGAAUACAUGGAAGUCGAGAAGACGAGCAUUGGUUCCCGGUUUCCACUCGGCUUAUUUGGAAGCUAUGGUCCGUGUGUUCAAUGACUGUGCUGAACGGACCGUCUCCAAGCUCGACGCAUUGAUUAAAGAUGCAGAGUCGAAAGGUUCCAACGUCGUGGACGUGGAAAUGGAGGCGGAGUACUCAAGCCUCGCUCUUGACAUUAUUGGAUUGAGCGUCUUCAACUACGAUUUUGGCUCGGUGACAAAGGAAUCUCCAGUUAUUGCAGCAGUUUACGGGACUUUGGCUGAAGCGGAGCACAGAUCAACAUUUUACAUUCCUUACUGGAAGUUUCCUUUGUCACGCUGGCUCGUUCCAAGACAGAGAAAGUUUCAUGCGGAUUUGGGCGUCAUAAACGAAUGCCUGGAUGAUCUCAUUGGAAGGGCCCAAGAAACAAGACAGGAGGAUGAUAUUGAAGCGCUUCAACAGCGGGAUUAUUCCAAAGUCAGAGAUGCGAGUUUAUUGCGAUUUCUAGUAGAUAUGCGAGGGGAAGAUGUCGAUAACAAACAGCUUCGGGAUGAUUUGAUGACAAUGCUCAUUGCUGGUCACGAGACAACUGCAGCCGUCCUAACUUGGUCAACCUUCCUAUUAGCACAGAAUCCCACAAUAGUCACGAAAGUGCAACAAGAAAUUGACACAGUUCUGGGGGACAGAAGGCCAACGUUAGAAGACCUGAAAAAUCUGAAAUACACAAAACUCGUCAUUGCAGAAGCACUUCGUUUAUAUCCACAACCACCUCUACUUAUAAGGAGGUCAUUGCAGCCAGAUAAGCUCCCAGGAGGCCACAAGGGCGAUCCAGAUGGAUACUCCAUUCCCAAGGGGACCGACAUUUUCAUAUCUGUUUUCAACCUUCACAGAUCGCCAUACUUCUGGGAGAAUCCAGAGUCAUUUGAUCCCGAGCGUUUCCUAAGACGAAGAGUCGAUUCGAGCAUUCCGGGGUGGGCUGGCAUUGACCCGACUAAACUUCAAGGUCUCUAUCCAAAUGAGAUAAUGGCGGACUUUGCUUUCCUGCCUUUCGGUGGGGGCCCUCGUAAAUGUGUUGGUGAUCAGUUUGCGUUUAUGGAGGCUACAAUCGGCUUGGCCGUACUUCUCCGAAAGUUCAGUGUUGAGUUGAGAGGCUCCCCUCAAGAAGUUGAGCUUGUCACGGGAGCGACCUUGCACACCAAGAAUGGAUUGUGGUGCAAGCUGAGCAAGCGGCAGAGUUAAGCAAUUGAAAUCAUCUUUUGACUCUCUUU